AAUUUCCUUUUUGCUUUCUUUCCAAAGAUUUAACAACGAAAUUUUUAAUUUUUAACAACAGGAACAGUGCAAAGAUGCCAAACCAAGUGAAACUAAUACAAUAAUCUUUGCGUAGAAAAUUGUGUAUAAAAAGUUUAGGGGGAAUUUCAUUAACUCAAGUACAAGUACAAGUUCAUCACAAGUGCAAAAGCACACUAGGGGUGUUAAGACAACGCGUAAAGUUUUUCUUUUUAACAUUUACAGCGUUGUAAACACCUGCCUGCCCGCCUGUUUGUUUUUACGUGUUUGUAUUAAAUACCUACGGAACCUCCUCAUUCAUUAUGACAGAUUACAGCGAUCUCGACCGUCAAAUUGAGCAGCUAAAACGUUGUGAAAUUAUUAAAGAGAAUGAGGUGAAGGCUUUAUGUGCUAAAGCUCGUGAAAUACUUGUCGAGGAAGGCAAUGUUCAACGUGUCGACUCACCGGUUACUGUAUGUGGAGAUAUACAUGGUCAAUUUUAUGACUUAAAAGAAUUAUUUAAAGUGGGUGGCGAUGUACCAGAAAAAAAUUAUUUGUUUAUGGGAGAUUUUGUGGAUCGCGGUUAUUAUAGUGUAGAAACAUUUUUAUUGCUUUUGGCUCUGAAAGUUCGCUAUCCUGAUCGUAUCACACUGAUACGAGGAAAUCAUGAAUCACGGCAAAUAACUCAAGUGUACGGUUUCUAUGAUGAAUGUCUGCGAAAAUAUGGUUCCACAGCCGUUUGGCGUUACUGCACGGAGAUUUUUGAUUAUCUCUCGCUGUCUGCAAUUAUUGAUGGCAAAAUCUUUUGCGUUCAUGGUGGUCUAUCGCCGUCUCUUCAGUAUUUAGAUCAGAUACGCACUAUCGAUCGUAAACAGGAAGUACCACAUGACGGUCCUAUGUGUGAUUUGUUGUGGUCCGAUCCAGAGGACCAAACAGGUUGGGGUGUGUCGCCUCGCGGCGCUGGUUACUUGUUCGGGGCUGACGUUGUUAUGCAAUUUACACGUACGAACGACAUUGAUAUGAUUUGCAGAGCUCAUCAACUAGUAAUGGAAGGCUUUAAAUGGCACUUUGGAGAAGCUGUACUUACGGUAUGGUCAGCACCCAAUUAUUGCUAUCGAUGUGGUAAUGUGGCGGCUAUAUUGGAGUUGAAUGAGUACCUGCAUCGUGAUUUUGUUAUUUUUGAAGCGGCACCACAGGAGAGCCGAGGUAUACCUUCGAAAAAACCUCAAGCUGAUUAUUUUCUUUAAGACCAGCGAGAGAAGUUGCAACGGACGAACAAACAGACGGUUUAACCGACAGUCUAUUACAAUAAGUGACAGCGAUAGAAAAAAACUGAAAAAAAAAAAUAUAUAUAUAUAUAUAUAUCAAUCAUAAAAAUUGUGG